AUGACGUCAUACCCUAAGACAAUGUGUAGACUUGUACUGUUGCUGGUCAUGGUCACUACCGUGUUUGGUUCUAUGAAGGAGACUCCACAGCAGAUCGUUAACAAAUACAACAACUACAGAAAAAUCUGUAUUGGACUUGGAUAUCAGAACCUAAGCUGCAAAGCUGACAACAAAGGGAAAAGAUCAAUUGCUUUUCAAUCGUCACUAAGCAGUACGUUGGAGAACAUGGGAAAUCAACAGACCGUGAUAUUUGACAAGGUGACCUUGAAUGAAGGAAAAGGUUAUAAUAAAAAGACAGGUGUGUUUACCGCCCCUGAGGAGGGGCUGUUUAACUUCAGCUGGACAAUGAAGUCAAAGGCAGGUCAAUAUUUUGUCAGUGAGAUAGUACAUGACGGUAAGCCCAUUGCUUAUAACCAAGCGGAUGGAAGAGGCCUCACUGGUUAUGCAAUGACAUCAAAUACUGCCAACAUCAAAAUGAACAAAGGAGAUAAAGCAUGGAUUAGAACAAAGGAUAGCUACGGUAAAUAUGCUAGUGGUGGAUACUGGUGCAAUUUCUCAGGAAAUAAGUUAUAA